AUGCUGCGGGCCACCGUCAAGCUGUGCUGCGGCAUCGCCCACGACCACCUCCGCCGCCUGCCCGGCUUGAAGAUAACGGCCGUUGCAGCAAUACAGAAGGACGUGAGAGGGCUGGUGGUAAGAGGAUCCCGUCGCCUGCCUUCCAAAAUUCCCCAUUAUAUUCAGAGGCUGAUGGGGAAGGAGACAGCCGCCUGCCCCGAGCUUGCUGGAGACGUCAACCCUGGCUGGUUCUCCAGCGUGGACCGCUCCUACAUCGCCCAGGGAGAAACAGCCCUGCAGCGAGCGCUGAGCAUCCUGCAGCAACCCACCAGCUGGCAGGCGGAAACGACGCUGGACACCGGGGCCACCGUGUCCAGCGCCGCCCUCCCCGGGCUGGGCAAGGUGUUUCGGGUCGAGGUGGUCCUGGCGGUGCCGGUGGCACGGCUGCACCGGGAGCUGUUCGAGAGGAUCGAGCAAAUGCCCCAGUGGAACCCGACCCUCAGCCGGGUGAAGGUGCUGCAGCGCGUCGGGACGGACACGCUGGUGACGCACGAAGUCACGGCUCCCAGCCCGGGCAACCUGGUGGGCCAGCGGGAUUUUGUCAGCGUGCGGCACCGCGGGAGGAAGGAGACGGCCGUCUACCUGGUGGGCACUGCCACCCACCUCGAGCCGCUGCCCUCGCAGGAAGGGUGCAUCAGGGCCGAGUCCCGGCUGAGCUGCAUUGUCCUGCAGCCGCUGGCGGGGGACCCCGGCCGUACCCGCUUCACCUGGCUCCUCAGCAUGGACCUGAAGGGCUGGAUCCCCGCGUCCGUCAUUAACCGCGUCCUGCCGCAGUCCCAAGCGGACUUCAUCCAGCACCUCCGCCGGCACCUCUCCACCCCCAAACCGCGGGACGACGGGCUCUGCCCCGGCACCCAGGACACGACCUGA